AUGUCAACAGAAAAUAUUACAACAUCAAGUAAACAGAAAGGUCAAUCUGGAUAUGAGUACUUCCAACAAGAGGCACCCAGACUUGGAAAUCAAUACUUGGAGGAUAGCUACUUGAUUGAAUCACUCAAGCGUGUUGUACCAUCGAACUACCUGAAUGAAAUCGAACCUGAUCUAGUUAGAUUCGGUGAUCGUGUAAUGGGUGAUAUCCUAGAGUAUGGCAGAGCCUGUGAGAAUAACCCACCAAAACAUGUUGCCUAUGAUGCAUGGGGUCGUCGUAUUGAUAAAAUCGUAGUAGACGAAGGUUGGAAUAUUCUUAAGGAUAUCUCUGCUGUUGAAGGAUUGGUCAGUAUUGGAUAUGAAAGAAAACAAAAGGAAUUCAGUAGAUUAUAUCAAUAUUUAAAGAUAUAUUUGUUUGCUUGUUCCAGUGCGGUUUUCGAUUGUCCACUGUCGAUGACAGAUGGUGGUGCUCGUCUCUUGGAGUUGUACGGUGAUAAAGAGUUGAUGACAACUGCCUAUCCUCAUUAUGUCACUAGAGAUCCAAAGAAUUUCUGGACUUCAGGACAGUGGAUGACUGAGAAGACCGGUGGCUCCGACGUAGCCAACUCAGAGUCCGUAGCGGAACCAAGAAAAGAUGGAUCGAAUCGCUAUGAUAUCAGUGGAUACAAGUAUUUCACUAGUGCAACCACUGCGCAGACUGCCAUGAUUCUCGCGCGUGACCGUGAGCCAGAGACCGGUGGAUUCCGUAGUGGUUCGCGUGGACUGUCCGCUUUCUUCAUAAAGAUUCGCAAGGACAACGGAAAGGACCUCAAUAACAUGAUGAUUCACAAGAUGAAGAACAAGUUUGGCACGAAAGCCGUUCCGACCACCGAAAUUGAGCUACUCGGUACCGAGGGUGUCAUGAUUGGUAACAAAGGUCGUGGUGUACCAAUCAUCGCAUCGAUUCUCAACAUCACACGUAUCCACAAUGUAAUUCACUCGGUUGCCACAAUGCGUAGAGGUGUGGCACUGGCCAGAGAUUUCGCCCACCGUCGUAAGGUAUUCGGUUCCAGUCUCGCCGAGAAUCAACUCUACAUCUCAACACUCGCCGAAAUGGAAAUUGAAUAUCGUGCCGGACUCCAAUUCCUCCUCAACGUAUCACUCUUACUCGGUCAAUCGGAAUGUCUCGAAAAGAAUCCAAAGAUCGAUUCACUACUAAGAAUUUUAACACCACUUUCAAAACUCUAUACUGCCAAACAAAGUAUUUUAGUUUCAUCUGAAACAAUUGAAUGUAUGGGUGGAACUGGUUAUAUGGAGGAUUCAGAUAUUCCAAGAUUGUUGAGAGAUACUCAGGUAACUGCUAUCUGGGAGGGAACUACCAAUGUUUUGUCAAUGGAUGUCUGGAGAUCUAUUAAAUCACACAACUCUUUGGUUGUUUUACUCGAUGAGAUCCGUUCAAAGACCGCUGCUACUACCAAAGCUGGCAGUCCACUCGCCAAUGCCAAGCAAACCAUUGAGAAUGCAGUGAAGGCGAUUCUCGAGAUCUCCAAUGGCUCUGAUGAUCUGGAUUUCGUAAUUGCCAACGCAAAGAAAUUCAGUUUCCUCUUGUCUCAGACCUAUAUGGCAGCGCUGCUCUACGAACACGCCCUUUGGAGUAAGAAGUCGGUCGACGAGCAAAUCUGUGAACGUUGGUGCUUCAUCAAGUUGCAAUCUUCCAAGAUGGACGGAACAUCGAUUGCUUUUGCCAAGGCCGAUCAGAGCUGGAGAGAUCUCGACCGUUUGAUUGCACUUGACAUUGAUGAAAGCGGAAACUACAGAGGUACCGGUGACACAUCUACUUGCAAGAGAAACUUUGGUGCACUAAGAGCAAGAUAUUAA